UAACCACCAAACAGCAGCAGCGUACAUAUUCAAAUUAAAACCCGCUAAUAACUGUAUUCGCUUCUUCGUUUUCUUCCGCUGCAGCUUCUCGCUACUCAGUUCAGUGCCCAUAGUAGAAGCCAGAGCUCCUUUAGGAAAACCGAAACCUAGAAUUAGGGUUAGGGUUUUCGUUUUGGUGCAGAGCCAUGGAAGCCGCAGUGGUCGACCCUGGUUCCAGCCUCCUCAAAGCCGGUUUUGCGAUUCCCGAUCAAUCUCCCGCCAUGAUAAUUCCCACCCAGAUGAAGCGAAUGCUCGAUGAUGGGUUGGUGACCGAUAACCCGGCCGUCGAUGAGGUUGCCGUCGAUCCGGUGUGCCGGGGUUAUGUCAGAGAUUGGGAUGCCAUGGAGGAUUUGCUGCAUUAUGUGUUGUAUACUGGCCUUGGAUGGGAAAUUGGCAAUGAAGGGCAAAUACUUUUCACGGAUCCACUUUGUACUCCAAAGGCUAACAAGGAACAGUUGGUGCAACUGAUGUUUGAAACAUUCAACAUAUCAGGGUUUUAUGCCUCUGAGCAAGCAGUCUUGUCACUAUAUGCUGUAGGACGUAUCUCUGGAUGCACAGUUGAUAUUGGUCAUGGAAAAAUAGAUAUUGCACCAGUGAUUGAGGGUGCUGUUAACCACAUUGCCUCAAGAAGAUUUGAGUUUGGAGGUGUUGAUCUAACUAAUUUCCUGGCUCAAGAACUUGGCAAAUCCAAUCCGCUAGUUAAUAUCAACGUCUAUGAUGUUGAGAAAAUAAAACAACUAUACUCAUGUUGUGCUGAAGAUGAAUUAGCUUAUCAGAAGACUCGAGAUUCUUGCCCUAUGGAGACACAUACUCUUCCAGAUGGGCAGGUCAUAACAAUUGGAAGAGAAAGAUAUACAAUUGGCGAAGCUUUAUUCCAGCCAUGUCUAUUGGGUUUAGAGGCUCAUGGCAUUGUUGAGCAGCUUGUUCGUACUAUUUCAACUGUGUCAUCUGAUAAUCAUCGGCAACUUCUUGAAAAUACUGUGGUUUGUGGUGGCGCUUCUUCUAUGACUGGCUUUGAAGAGAGGUUUCAAAAGGAAUCUAGCCUAAGUUCAUCUGCUAUUCGACCUACCCUAGUAAAGGUAAUCUUGUUGUCAAAGUAUAGUAAAUAAUGUAACAGAUAUGAUUCAUAGGCAUUAUAUUUAUGA